AUGAGGUUCGCAGCGUUCACAACGGUGGCGGGAUCUGCCGGAGAGCCACAAGCGCUGGGGAACACCUCGACAACCCUCAGACAGCAGACCAUUCUGGCCGAGGAGCUCGGCUUCGAGGCCAUGUGGCUCGGAGAGCACCACUUUGGGCCCUAUGGAGUGGGCGAUUUGCCGAACCCGAUUCUGCUGGGCGCAGACCUCGCGGCGCGGACGUCCAGGAUUCGCAUCGGACAGAUGGCGAACAUAGCUCCGUGGUGGCAUCCGAUACGGCUUGCUGAAGACCUUGCGAUCCUGGACAACAUGACCGGCGGCCGCCUGGAGGUCGGCUUCGGCAGGGGAAUCUGGCCAUAUGAGGGUCCACAGUUUCAUCCCAACGCGGACCCUCGCAAGGACAAGGAAAACAGGGAGCUGUUUCGGAGACGGUGGAGGUAG